AUGGCCUCCCGUGUCUUCACUCAGCGCCUGGCUACCGCCAUGGCCCAGUCCUCCAAGGUCGCUCGCCCUGCUGCCCGCGUCAACCUGAACGCUGCCACCAAGCGUACCUUCACCCAGAAGGCCCCUGCCACCACCUUCUCGGCCCCCAAGCGCGUCGCCUCGCCCACUCUCCUCCAGGCCAACGCCCGCAGCGCUUUCCAGAACGCCGCCCGCCGUCAGUACUCCUCUGAGGUCGCCUCCGCCAUGGUCGAGGUCUCCAAGAACAUUGGUAUGGGUUCCGCCGCCAUCGGUCUCGGUGGUGCCGGUAUCGGUAUCGGUCUCGUCUUCGCCGCUCUCCUGAUGAGUGUUUCCCGCAACCCUGCUCUCCGUGGCCAGCUCUUCUCUUACGCCAUUCUGGGUUUCGCUUUCGUCGAGGCCAUGGGUCUUUUCGACCUGAUGGUUGCCAUGAUGUGCAAGUACGUCUAA